AUACAAGUAGGGAGGUUCUAUUUCCAAUUUUAUCGUUGAUUUCACAUUUAUGAUGUGGAAUUUUCCAUCUUUCCGACUAGUUUUAUUUUUUCAAACCUUAUCAGUAGUAUGAUAUGUGUAUAUUUCGUUGAUCGUUGAAUUAGUUUUCCUUUAUUGAGUCAUGGGCAGGGAAAAUGCAAUUUGUCUGUUCGACGUGGACGGCACAUUGACGAAACCGAGGCAAGUCAUCGAGGACGAUAUUCUCAAUUUUGUUGUGGAAAAGUUAAAAAACCAAUUCACUAUCGGUCUUGUCGGCGGGUCCGACUACUCGAAAAUUUUGGAGCAGAUGGGCGGUGAAAAAGGUGUAAAGCACUUCGAUUAUAUUUUCUCUGAAAACGGUGUAGUCGCCAGGAAAGAUGGGAAAAUAAUAAACGAGAGCAGUAUUGCCAAACACGUUGGAGAGGAUAAGAUCCAAGCUCUCAUAAAUUUCUGCCUUCGAUACUUGUCCAAUGUGACGUUACCUUUGAAACGAGGCACGUUCAUCGAGUACAGGACCGGUCUCAUCAACGUCUCUCCUGUUGGGAGGUCAUGCAGCCAGAAAGAAAGAGAAGAAUUUUAUCUUUACGAUCAGGAACAUCACAUACGGGAUCAGUUUAAAAAAGAGCUCGAAAAAGAAUUUUCAGAUUACGAUCUUAAAUUUUCUAUCGGGGGACAGAUAAGCCUCGAUGUAUUUCCAGUUGGAUGGGACAAGACUUACUGCUUGCAAUUCCUUGAGCAGUUUGACACUAUUUAUUUCUUCGGCGACAAAACACAAGAAGGUGGUAAUGAUUUUGAAAUUUUCAAUGACCAAAGAGUUGUCGGCCACUCGGUUACUGGGCCAAACCACACCUUGAAACUACUAGAAGAUUUGUUAAAACAAUCUCAUUAAAAAAUAAAAUGUUUAUGUUGACUUCGGUAUAAAUAUAUAUUUACUUAUUGUCCAUCCUUAAUUGUAUAAAUAUAA